AACUUAGCUUCGCAUUGCAGUUAGUACAUACAAAAAUUGUUUGUCCCUCUCUACACUGCAGUAUCCCAUGGAAAGGUAACUAUAUAAUUACAAAAUAAAUAAUCCAUCAAUUAUAACUGAAUUGAUUAAUCGCAGGCGAGAAAUUACUAGAUUUCGUUUACGUAAACCCAUAGAGCCAUUCAGCGAUCAAUUUGGGACACAGAUCAGGUACAAAUUCUCAAAAUUCUAAACAGUUUGUUAUUUCAGUGUAAGACGUUUGCAGUUUAGAAAUCAACCACCUGAUUGCAAAAUUGCCAUGGAUGAAAAAAGUACAGCAAACUAGGGUUUAAAUUACAGCAUGAUUAAAAACCAUCAUUCCCCGGCUAUUCUAGGGUUUGAUUAUGGCCUGGAUUUAAGCAUGACAGAAUAUUUUUCAUUAAUGGGUAUUUGAAGGUCCAAGGAGUUUAAUGCGAGACUGCUGUAUUUUUGUUUUCAGAGUUUGUAUGAUUUGUUGUUGGGGUAUUUAGGGCAGGGCCGAAGAUGAUGGAAACUAUGAUUUAGUGCUAAUUGAAGGGGUUAUCACAAGCCAUUAUUUGGAUAUUCAGAGUCUAAGGGUUAUCAUGAGAAAAACUGUUUUAUUGUUGUUAGUGUUUUUAGGGUUUCUGAGAAAAUAAUUGUGAAGUGAGGUGUUCAGAGCGCAGCCUAAGACUAGGAGGCUUCUGAUUUAAUCAUAACGAAGUUUCUAUUAUAAGAUUUGCUGGGUAUUCAAAAUUCCAGGUGUUUUCAUGAGAGAAGACCAUUGUUUUGUUUUUCUGAAUUCCGAUUUUCAAGAGCUUUUGGGAAUAUAAUUGGGAUUUGGGGUUGUAGGGUAGGGCCAAAUAUGGGGAGGCCCUUGAUUUAUCAGAUUCUUGAUAAGCCAGCCACAAGCUGCAUAAUUGGCUUGUGCAGUGCAAUAUGGUUUUAUAUACAGAAGAAAAGUCUUGGGUAUGGAGACGUGGGGCUUAAUUAUGAGGCUGCUAUGGAGGGUCAGCAUUGGAGGUUUAUAACUUCGGCAUUUUCACAUAUAAGUGUUAUUCAUCUGGUUUUCAAUAUGAGUGCCCUGUGGAGCCUAGGUGUUGUGGAGAGCCUGGGGCACAUGGGUUUGGGGGUUCAGUUUUAUCUUCAGUAUACAUUAGUUUUGGUUGUGUUGUCUGGAUUGUUGGUCAUAGGGACAUAUCAUGUUUUAAUUCAGAGAUUCAAGAUUGAUUAUUUCCGAAGAGUCACGGCAGUUGGGUAUUCUUGUGUGGUGUUUGGGUGGAUGACCAUUCUUGCAGUUAAGCAACCCUCUUCCAAGUUGGAUCUUUUUGGGGUACUUUCGUUGCCUAUUAGCUUCGCACCAUUUGAAUCUCUGGUCUUUACAUCUAUAAUAGUACCACAAGCAAGCUUUCUUGGGCACUUGUCGGGGAUCAUUGUUGGUUAUGCUAUUGCUUGGGGUUUGAUUCAAGGCAUGAAUAAUUACUGGGCAAUUUCUAUGCUUGGGUGGAUUGUCAUUGCUUUCAUUUACAGCUUGAAACGGAGUGGUAUGAUUGAUCUACCUUUUAUUGAAAUAGAACCUGUGAUGGAUGCUUCAUUGCCUACUGUUGGUUUCUUUACACCCAGCAAUGUAAGAGGGUUAGAGGGGAAUGUUCUGCCCACAAGGGGAUCUGAACUUGUAUGAAUAACAUGCUUAGAUGGGUGUGGUACACAAUGUUUUCUUAGUGAAUUUCCAUUGUAUUGCACUCCAAUGGGCACUCAUGUGACAGGUUCAUUAUUUGUAAUUUGGAAUUCUUACUUUAUGAAGAACCAGGAUUGGGCCAAGUAUCUAACUUAUACGCGUUUUAAGCAUGUCAUUAGGCCAAUAUAUCUGGUGCCUAUUGCAAUGGGUAAGGGGUUUUCCUAGUCAUGCCUUGCACAAAAAGACAUCAAGAUUGUUUUACAAAUUCAAUCUCUGCAGCAACCAAUAAAUAUUGGAACUGUGAAUUUGAGAUGCUAACAUUGGUAAGAUAUUGUCAUCCAUCAGUUGCAGCUGUCAUUUUUCCUUGGCAAUCUGACCGCCACAUUGCCUGUCAAACUUUCUUAAUUCGUUUGUGGUUUGUGUUGAAUAUUAUAUUUUUUAUGUUGUGCA